AUGAGUAAAAUCAGGGGCCUCCCUCCUGUGGUCAGUGACUCAGGCCCUGGAGUGGAACUUGGGGUGGAAGAUGGCCUUCUUUGUCAACUGAUUCAUUCUCCAGAAUUCAACUUGUUCCCCGACUCUGUGGUGUUUGAAAGCAACUUUAUCCAGGUCACGAAGGACGGGAACUGGAUGGAUGUUUAUGAAGGCUCUACCAUCGUGAUCCUUGGCGUGACCUCUUCAGUGCCUUCCUUGCCACUCCCCAACAUCCUCCUGAUGGCCAACAUCACCUGGCCCCAGAGGCCAUUUUCCAACUGGACCACGCCUUGUUCUGCCCCUGUCAUCACCCUCAGCAGGAUUCUUCCCCUGAAAUAUGUGGAGUUACGAAUCUAUGACCGGAUCCAACGCAUUCUGCGUGUUAGGACAGUGACUGAAAAGAUCUACUACAUGAGGCUCCACAAAAAUCAUCCAGAGGCUGUAUUCCAAUUCUGGAUCCGCUUGGUGAGAAUUCUUCGGAAAGGUCUGUCUAUCACCACCAAAGACCCAAGAAUCCAGUUCACUCACUGUCUGGUGCCCAAGAGGCUUAGACACUCCACCGAAACAACACCUGAGAGCAGCCUCCCGUCAUCCUCCCAGACCAGUGAGACUAUAUUGCUGCAGGAAGCCGAGCAGUCUACUGACAGAUUCUUGGAACUCUCAGGAAGGACCCAGCCCCCAGAAGACAGAAACACCAACACUGCCAUCAAAAAGGACAAAUCCAACUUGUGUAAGACACUUUCGAAAGUCGCAUCUCCAAUCACUUUAAAAAUACCCAUGAGAGCCACCUUGUGCCACAGCCUCUGGGAACAGGAAGACCCCAAUGGGCACUGCCUGCAGGCGCCUGCGGCCAGUUCUCUAGGCGAGAACUUUCUUGGACCCUGA